AUGCGCAUGCACCCCGGUGUAUCGUAUCCUCUCGAGCGUAUAGUGCCUGAAGGCGGAGUUGAGCUAUGCGGAGUGCACCUCCCGGCGGGAACUGUUGUGGGCAUGAACGCGGCAGUCGUUCAUCGUAACUACGAAAUAUUUGGGCAAGAUGCCGACGAGUUUCGACCAGAGCGUUGGCUUUGCUCUGAGGAGCAGGCGAAGAACAUGGAUCGGCACUUAUUGACCCGCGCCCUGUCCUUCGAGGUCGAUGGAGGCGCGGUUGAGUCUGAUAUCAGUGUUCCGGAACCGGGCUUGAAUUUGCAUCUCGGCAUGCGCAGGAAGAUCGUAAUCAUCGCCAAGGUGGAUGCCAAGGAAGGCGGAGCCAUCAGCCCGGUUCCAGACGGAAGCCUCAACUUCUCCUCCGGCCGAGCGGCCUUCCUGGGUGAGGGGGUCGCCAGGUGCAGGGAUGGUCAGCUCGAAGCUGUUCCAAGUGGGUGCAUUGAAGAAUGGGACGCAGCCAACAAUUGGUCGACACACGGAUUGACGAGAUUUGAGAUUUACCGCGUCAUCGGGCGAAAUAGGUAG